CCAUUUUCUACAACGCAAUGUUUUGAGACCAAGAAAACAUUUGGUAUGAAUCAUUUCACAUCAUAGUUGGAAGCUACUCUACACAGGUGGGACAUUCUUAAACUACCCAGAUUAGUACUUUUAGGAUUGUCUAUUUCAAAAGCUUCCUUAACGGUCACUGUCCCGAACGGUAUGAUGCUCUGGAAAAUCAGCGUUGGGAUCCUAUUCGUUCUCUCCCAAGUUGGAAUCUUGGAAUCUGAAGAUCCUCCAGGGAAGCUUGGGGUCCAGUGUUGGACUAUAAGUUAUCCAGAAAAGAUCCGAUGCACCUGGGACUUCAAACCCAAUGCAUACUUGCCUACCACCUUUAUCACUACCUACAGAUUGGGUUUGAUGAAUUCUGAACCACCGAAGCUGUGUGUCCAGUCUGAUCAAGAACCACAGAGCUGUUUGAUCACGGAUUUUCAGAUGUUUGCAGAUUACCCGUACAUUCUUAACGUCACAGCCAUCAGCCCACUAGGUGGCACCACACAGCUUUUUCCUUUCAUUGUGGAGGACAUUAUACGCCCAGAUCCACCCGAGAAUGUCACACUGUCCAACAUAGCUGGGGAAAAGAAGAAGCUACUCUUACACUGGUAUCCCCCACGAUCAUGGUUGUAUCCAGAGCAAUUUCCUCUGAUGUACAAAAUUCGUUAUAAAAGGGCAGGUGCAAAGCAUUACAAAACGAUUGGUCCUUAUGAUCUUACAUCCUUCAUUCUGAAGGGAUUGAAGCCAGGUUCAUUUGUAGAAGCUCAGGUGGCAGCAAAAGAUUUCACGGACUACGGCAAUUACAGCGAGUGGAGUUUGGUUGCAACAGGAAAACCACGGUGAAGGUCGUGAACGGAUGCUCUUAACAUGGAUGAAUUAUAAUCUAGUUUAAAUCUGUGUGCUUUUGAAUGCAUUUCAGAACUGAUGCUUGCUAUUGUGCACAGCGUACCAUACUCAACAUUCCCUUGUCUGCUCAUAACAUUGCCAUACUAAAAAUUUAUCUGGCUUGUAAAAUACAGAAACAUUAAACUCAAAGAACAUAACAAAAGUUCACGGUUAUAAAUCUUAGGGCACAGUCAGAUCUCUAAAAGAGACAGUACCUUAAAGGCUAUUCACUACAGUAAGAAUUGAUAGUGAAUUUUAAAUUUGAGGCCAGAGUAGCUGAAUUGAAACAAUUUUUCCAGUUUGCCUAUUUUAACCUUAACCCCUUCACCUCAUCCUUAUCCAUACCCAACAAUCAUGUGUACACGAUUUGCAUAAUUGCAAACAAAUUUUGCAAACAAAGUUAUGCCUUUAACCAGUCCUGAAAGUCACAGCUCGGGGGCAUUAAAAACUGCUCGCUUUAGCAGCUCCUCAACUCUGCUACAGUUCCUGCCUGAUGGGAGGGCGGUGGGCUGCAUGCUCUCCCCUCUGGAUUCGGGGGGUGGGGUAGAUAUAUUACUACUUUUAAUGGAUAUUGUCUGUUUUGUCAUAUGCAUG